UAGGCUACUACAUCAACGGAAGCCAAUAAAAAUGAGCGGUUGUGGCAGGAUAAUGUGAAUAGGGUUUUAUAGGACAGGUAAAAUAAAAGGAAUGACCACCGCGCAAAAGAGGAGAAAAAGGAAUCUGUUACCUACCUAGCCAAAGACUCUAGCUACUCAUUUACUCAUCGUCGGUUUGGACUCUCGGUCGGUAUAAGACGAAAGUUUAAACCACCAUGGCCGCGACUAUCCUCAUAACAGGGGCCUCCGGGCUAAUCGGCUUCCGGGUCCUCCUCUCCGCCCUCGCCGCCGGGCAUAACGUGCGCUACACGGUGCGAUCCGAAGAGAAAGCCCGUGUCGUCUUUUCGAACCCAGCGGUGCAAAAGCUAGCUCCCGGCGAUCGCCUCUCCCCCGCCAUUAUCUCCGAUUUUAGCGCUGACGGCGCCUUCGACUCUGCGCUGCGGGGAGUAACCCAUAUCGUCCAUGCUGGCUCGCCAGUUCCAGUCCCCACAUACGACCCGACGACGGAAGUCUUCGAACCCACGGUGAAGAUCACAUCAGGUCUGCUCGCCUCCGCACUCAAGACACCGACCGUCCAGCGCGUCAUCAUCACCUCGUCAAUCGUCGCGAACCUCGGGCUCGUACCACCCUCUACCCCCGUAACCGCCUCAACGCGCAUCCCGCUACCCACUCCCAUCCCGUCUACCUUCAGUGAUGUCUUCGAGGGAUACAUAACAGGCAAGAUAGUCGAACUGCACAACACAGACGAAUUCGCCAAGACGCGCGCCCCGCACUUCACCAUCGCGCACGUAAUCCCCGGGUACGUCUUCGGGCGCAACGGGCUCGCGCUCGACGCAGCGAUGAUGCAGACGCAGAACAGCUCGAACAAUUUCCUGAUGAUGGGGAUGGUCGGCGGGGAGUUACCGUUCCCGAUUCACGGCGGCUUCGUGCACAUCGACGACCUAGCUGACCUGCAUCUCCGCAUUCUCUUCCACGAGCCUAAGGCCGCGGGGAAAGUGGAAGAUUUCGGCGUCGCGACGAAGGUGGACUACGGGUCGAUAUUUGAGCACGUCGCGACGGCGUUCCCGAAGGCCGUUGAGGCCGGGGUGUUUAAACGAGGUAAGGUGCCCACGUUGCCCGCUAACUACAAGUCGAGCGACGUUGAGGAGCUGCUAGGAAGGAAGUUGAGGACGUUUGAUACUGCGGUGGUGGAUGUCGCGAGCCAGUAUCUAGAGACGCUGGGGAAGGAUAAAGCUUGAGAUGUUGGAUGCGGAAGUAUUCCCAGUUGCAUACCCGUAAGUAACCUGUCCCAAUGGGGUAACAUAAUGCUACCGUGGUGUGUAGCAUUACCAGGUGCCCCAUAUAUCGUUUCUCUACUUCGGUAAUCGAAGGCAUUGCUUGGCUACAUUCAUGGUAGGCAGGCAAGGACGGAAGUAUGCAGGUUGAUUGAAACAGUGAAAAUCUAGUGGCUACAAACGACCCGGCAUCUGAAUAAUUAGUGAUUAGUUAUCAAAUAUUGCUUCAACCAAGUCAACGACCGGCCAACGAUCACUGAAAUAUUGACGUUGUGUAACCAUGUUGGAGCUACAUUAGAUAGGGUGCACAUAUAUCACC